AUGAAGUCCUUCAUCGCACCCAUGUCUCUACUUGCCCUGGCUCUGUCCGCCAUGGGCGACGCCGCCAGCGUCCGUCGCGCCACAGAAAUCUGCGACCAGUGGGGCACCACCACGACGGACACCUACAUCAUCUACAACAACCUCUGGAACCUGGCCCAAGAUUCCAACGGCAAGCAGUGCACCACACUGGACUCGAGCAACGGCAACAAGAUCGCGUGGCACACCUCGUGGUCGUGGGGCGGAUCCGCGACGAACCAGGUCAAGAGCUACGCCAAUGCCGCGCUGAAGUUCACCCCCAAGAUCCUGAGCACUGUUAGCAGCAUCAAGUCCAACUGGAACUGGAGCUACUCGACCACCAAUAUCGUCGCCGAUGUCGCCUACGACAUGUUCCUCAGCUCUACUCCUGACGGCAGCGAGGAGUUCGAGAUCAUGGUGUGGCUUGCGGCUCUGGGCGGUGCGGGCCCGAUCUCGUCCACUGGCAAGGCCAUCGCUACGGUCACUAUCAGUGGUUCCGAGUGGGAUGUCUGGGUCGGUCCCAAUGGUCAGAUGACUGUGUACAGCUUCGUCGCUAAGUCGACCGUUAAGAGCUACAACGGUGACCUGUUGGACUUCUUCAAGUACCUUGUCAAGAACCAGGGUCUGGAUAACAGCAAAUACUUGAAGACUGUGCAGGCUGGCACUGAGCCUUUCACCGGCACUGCUGAGUUGACUGUUUCUUCUUACUCUGUUGCUGUUGUUUAA